GCAUAUUAUAUAUUUAUUAUUUCUAAAACGUCAGAAAGUGGGUACAAGGUAGACUACUUGCAGUACAGUAGUAAUUCCCUUGUUGAGUAAUAUUGAUCAUGGAUUUUGAUCCAUACUUGGAAUUCCAGCAAGAAGAUGCAUUUGAGGACCAAUAUGCAGACGAACUGGACGUACUUAAUGAGAUGGAAGGUCUUCCUCAAGAAGCAACUUCAUCUUCAAACUUGAAUGUUAUCAAAGAAAGACCAGAUGGUCAUCGUCGGCAGCUGUUUGAUGAUUCUGGUCCAUCUAUCCCAUCAUCCAGCGGGAAACAUGAUUUAAGUUUUGAUCACCUCAACAAUGAUUUGUUGAUUGACGAAGAGAUGUAUUCUAAAUCACCUGACCAUAAAAGAGCAAGAAUGGAUAUUGAUAUUGAUGAUAAUUAUAAUUAUUACAACAAGAAAAAACAUAACUUGCCAACAACACUAGAUGAAGAUAAAGAUGUUAUGUUAUUGAGAAAGGAAAUUCAAAAAGAAAACAGUGGGGCCAGCUCACCUGCUAUGAUUGAUAAAAUACUUCGAUACAGAGAAAAACGACACCUAGAUGCACAAGAGUUUAUUCAUCAGGGCAGCGAAAAAAAUUCAUCAUCUGAAAAACUUCAGUUGAGAAAGGUUCUUCAAUAUCCACCCGUGCAUAGUGAAUUCAUGUCAGCUACAUCGUCUGAUGGACAACGCUGUUAUAUGAGGAUCAGAUCAGAUGAAAAACUGAAGAAGGAGUCUAUAUCCAACUGUACUUUGAUUGGAAACAAAUCUCUCCUUCCUGAAAGUAUAUCAGAAAUGAGACAGAUGAUUCAAGUUAUGAAAGAAAAGAAAAUACUGUCAGAAUCACAUCGACUAACGGAAGAAAUCAGGAGACAGAAUCUACUCACUACUACUUCAGAUGUUGUUGUUCAUAACACAGAUGAAAUAAUGGAAGAUUCUGAACAAACCACGAACAUAAUUCAACGCAAACAAAUUGUGAGAUCGGAAGAGGAUAUUGAUGAAGGAAUUUACAGUGAGGAUGAAUCACAAAAAAAUGAUCUAUGGUUGGAUAAAUUUGCACCUACUCAAUAUACUCAUCUGUUGAGUGAAGAGAAUGUUAACAGAACUCUUUUGAAAUGGUUGAAGUUAUGGGAUCAUGUUGUAUUCGGUCGUGAAAUUCAACAGAAAGAAAAGAAACAGGAACCGGAUAUGAAUAAUCAAAACAAUAAAAAAUCAUAUUUUCAAAUUAAAAAAGAAAUGGAAGAGAGAUUGGAUGAAUAUAAACGACCAUUCUUUAAAGCUGCUUUAUUGUUUGGGCCUCCUGGUCUUGGAAAAACAACGCUAGCUCAUAUUAUUGCGAAACAUGCUGGUUACCAUGUUGUGGAAAUGAAUGCAAGUGAUGACAGAAGUGCGGAAUUAUUCAAAACAAAACUAGAACAAACGACCCAAAUGAGAUCAGUUCUUGGAAAUGAUGAACGGCCCAAUUGUUUAAUCAUUGAUGAAAUUGACGGUGCACCUCUGGCAGCCAUAAAUGUUCUCCUAACUGCAAUGAGUAGAACAAGAAAAAAAGAACAAAUAAAAGGAUCAAAAAAGAAAGCAGGACGGAAUGAAAUUCUAAUGCGUCCUGUUAUCUGUAUUUGUAAUGAUUUAUAUGUACCAGCAUUACGACAACUUCGUCAACAAAGUUUUGUUCUCAAUUUUCCUCCAACACAAUCAGCAAGAUUGGCAAGUCGCUUGUCUCAGUUGUGUCGAAUACAAAGACUGCAUUGUGAUAUGACGACAUUGUUAAGGUUAUGUGAGAAAGCAGACAACGAUAUUCGUUCUUGCAUUAAUACUCUACAAUUCGCUAAAACUUCUGGACAAAACAAGUUAUCAGUCGACACCGUCAAAGGCUUAGAAAUUGGUCAAAAAGAUCAGCAUAAAAAUAUUUUUAAAGUGUGGCAAGAUAUAUUUCAACUACCGAAAAACAAAAGAAAACUAGAAAAGGACGCAGAAGCAGCCCAACUUUCAUCAGACAUUGCAGGAAAGAAAUCAAGUAUUUUAUCAACACGAUUAUACACAAUUCAUCAUUUAGUAUCUGCCAAUGGAGACUAUGAAAAGACUUUUCAGGGUGUCCAUGAACAUUACCUCAAAAUGAAAUUCAAAGAUCACGAUAUGAUGUGUAUAAAUAAAGCACAAGAAUGGACUCAGUUUUAUGAUCAUCUACUGAAAAUUAAUCUGCAACUUCAGGAAUGGUCUGUGAUGCGUUAUUAUCCGUAUUUAUUCGUCUUAUUUCAUAUGAUGUUCGCAUGCGUCAAUGUACCCCGACUCGGCUUCCCAAGUGUGAGUUUUGAGAAUACAAAAAGGAAACAAAAAUGUGAAAAUUUAUUAGAAAGUAUGUUUGUUGAGAUGGUUCCAUAUGCAAGAUGCUUUACAACAGCACAGACUGCAAUUUUGGAUUCAAUACCUUACAUCCUAGCUAUUAUGACGCCUACUAUUCGUCCAGUGAACCAACAAUUGUUCAGUCCAGCUGAAAAGAAAUUAUUAAAGGAUUUAGUAUCAACCAUGUUAUCUUACAAUCUAUCAUAUAGACAGGAGAGGAAUGAAGAUGGACAAUAUAACUAUGUUCUUGAACCGAAUGUGGCAGAAAUUUGUGAAUUUGAAGGAUGCCAAGAAAAACGUAAAUUACCUUAUUCUACUCGACAAAUGAUCGCAAAAGAAGUUGAAAUGGAGAAAAUGAGAAGAAGUGAACACAUGAUGGAAGGAUUGACUUUAUCACAAACUGAACAGAAAUCAGACAUAUCUAAUGAAGACAAAACAUCUUCCAGCAAGAAGGAAAGUGAUAAAGUUCCAUCGAAGUCUACCAAGACACCAAAUCAUUUGCAAAGUUUGGAAAAUAGUAUUAUGAAGGCUUCACUUCCAAAGGAAAAGCCUGUAAUGGAUUUCUUCAGUCGAUUCAAGAAAGUGAAAAAAGUGAGAACUAACGAAGAUAAACCUCGAGAACCUGCCAUUCGUGACCCUGGAAUCGGAAACAGUCAAAUCUGGUAUAAAUUUAACGAAGGAUUCUCAAACGCUGUUCGACAAACUGUAUACAUAAAAGACUUUUUGUGAAACUCAACUUCGUCAAACCGACGAAUUGCCAAUGAAGUUUUUGCCGACUUAGUGAACAAAGGAUUAGCCGAAAAAAAAGAAAUGGAAAAAAUAUAGUUGCAAGUCAUAUAUCAGCCUAGACCUGACUCGUUCGUGGUCUAUAAUCUAUAUUAUAUCUAUAAAACACCAUAUGGCUAUUGUCUAUUAUGAUGAACGAACAGUUUCUUGUAAAACAAUUUAUAAAUCUAUUGAUCGUUCUCUUGUAAAAGAAACUAUCAUAAUAUCACAAACAAAAAAAAAUUAAAAAAAUUUCGACUGUCCAUAUUUAGAUAGUCUGGUCUGGAACACAGCUUUGCAAAUAAUAACACGUAAGGAAGGGAUAUUUUAAACAAAAGUAAAAUUUUUGAUUGUCCGAAGUUUACAAAAAUCAAUUUCGAAUCCCGUUCAGAGCGAAUUAGUACGAAUUCGAGUCGAAUAUACAUUAUCAGUAAAUAAUAAAGUUGCGUUACGGUCUUAUGACGACAAGUGUUAAUUUCCAUUUUGUCAAUUUCAUGUGGUCAUAUUGUCAUCACUUUCAGAUUCUUCGGCCAUAUUGAUGCAAGUCUGUCAAUUUUUUCUUUUCAAAUAAACUUGCAAUGAAUAAUGAAGGUA